AUGUUCGGACAUGCCUCCAGGUGUGCCCAGCGUACCAACUUCUGUGAGGCGUGUGAAGGAAGCAACCCUCUAGGACUCGUUGAUCAAUUAAUAACAUCCACACUAGCGGCACCAACGAAAGACGAAAUCAGAAUUGCUCUGAAUCUACUCCGAAUAUCUAUAAGUAGUAAAUACUGCAACUUGACUUAUGCACACAAUCCAGUUCACGAUGCUUGUGAAAAUGGUCACAUAUCAUCCAUACCACGACAGAGAGACAUAAAUGACUUCCUGAAAGUGCUGUUUAAAAAGAUAACAAGCAUAGCAGUCACAACGAAAUAUGCAGAUUGUAAGCUCGAGGAGGGACGGUCUGGUAACUAUGGAGCUGUCAGAAACAGCAUCAAUCAAGCUUUGUGCGCACUUUUGCGUAGAAAUCGUACAUUUCGUAAUGAUCGAAAGCUGUGCUCGGCUCGGUACUGUCCCCUUCCGGAUCAAUCGGAUGCAACAAACACAGAUAGAAUUGAAUUUGAGAGGAGAACACUUUUAGAAAGUUUCAAUAUUUUAAGUGGCGUGAUUACAUCAUGGGAAGAGUGUAUCAAUGAAGAGGAUGAGACAUACACGUGCGGUACAUCUGCAAGACGACGGUCCAGACGUCACAAUAAGGGUAGAAAAGGCGGACGACGUGGUCGUAAAGGCGGACGACGCAGGGGAAAAGACAGAAAAAGUCGUAAGGAACUCCGCAAAAGGUGUAUGAAGAAGAGCGGGAAACCUCGCAAAAGGUGUCUUCGAAAACUGAAAAAGAAAUACAAAUUGUGA